AUGUCUACGCAAUCUUCAGGACUGGCUGGCACCAGUCCGCGAAAGCGUAUCCUUGCGCCAACACCUGUGAAGAUCGUGAAGACCACCAAACGCCUUUAUCCUGCUGGGGACCUGGGACUUCCUUCACGAGAGGAGUGCGAGGAAGUUAUCAACGAGUACCUGCAGUCCCUUAGCAUUCGCAAACGGGAGAAAGCCUUGAUAACGCAGGAGAUGUUCGACGACAUCUGGGACGUCCUCCAGGAGCCAACAGCGAGGAUACGCACGCCGCAGUUUCGUUUUUGGGUACGCAAGAUGUUCAAGUUGUCUCACUCUCCCGGCGGCUCGAGGGAUGCUCCCUAUGUUCCGGACGACUCCGACAUGGUCCCUGUUAUCCUACACGAAGGUCGCCCUGUCGCAGUCAAGGAGCAGAUCCAUGACAUCCUCUGUUUCUAUCAUCUGGCAUCUGGACAUGGUGGACGCGAUAAAACUAUGGCCGAAGUCCGCGACAACUAUUCUUGGGUCCCCAAGGAGCUAGUCUCGCGCUUUGUCAAGGCGUGCCCUACGUGUUCGUCGAGGCGA